CCUAGAAAAGACCCACGAUAUAUCAAACUCAUGAUUAUUGAUGACUAUGAUAUUUAGAUUCAGAUACCCUCAACACAAAACAAAACUAAAUCAAAAAAUUUCAUCCUUUUCAAAACCAAACCAUUCUUAGCUUUCAACUUUGAGCUCAAAUUCCAACAUUCCAAACUUGCAUACACAAACAAAAUCAAAUCUUUUUCAUUAAACAGUGAAGAAGAAAAAGAAAAAAAAAAAAGAUAGAUUUUUUCUUGUAACUCUGUCUUAAUAUGAGUAACUGGUUAGGAUUUUCUCUUACACCACAGUUGAGAAUUGAUGAAGAAUUUGGUACAGAAAAUCAAAACCAAAAUCAAGAACAUCAUGGAGAAGGAUCAGAAAUUAUAGGAAGAAACUAUGUUCCUACUUCUUCUCAUCAUCUUCAUAAUCACUUAUCUGUUAUGCCUCUGCGUUCUGAUGGUUCACUCUGUGUUUCUGAUACUUUCACUCACUCUGUUACACCUCAAGCAGAAUGGAGAUAUGAAAAUGCAAUAACUGGUGGAAAUUCAAAUGAAGAACCACCAAAACUUGAAGAUUUUUUGGGGUGUUACCAAAAUCAAAACUCUAAAAUCAAUGUUAAUGUAACACCAAGUUUUUGCACUAAUAAUAAUACAGAGAUUGAAACAAGGGAGAAUCUAACAAACCAAGCUUUGAUUAACUCUUUCCAUCAAGGAUAUAAUGAUAAUGAUAAUAACAAUAAUAAUCAUCAUGGUUUAAUUCAUGGUAAUAAUAUGUAUAAAUCUUGGAUGAGUCAGAAUCAAUUUUCUUCUGAUGGGAAAAAUUCUAGUGAUGGAAAUGGUUUUCAAUCUCUUAAUUUAACUAUGAGUCCUAGUGUGCAAAAUGGUGUUAGUGUUGGUGUUGGUGGUGCAAUUUCUACUGUUCAAGUGAAUGAAGAUCCUAGAAAAAGGUCUUUGUCAAAAUCAUCAAAUGCUAGAGAAUCUGUUCCUCGUAAAUCUAUUGAUACUUUUGGUCAAAGAACUUCUCAAUAUCGUGGUGUUACAAGGCAUAGAUGGACAGGGAGAUAUGAGGCACAUUUGUGGGAUAAUAGUUGCAGAAAAGAAGGGCAAACAAGGAAAGGAAGACAAGUUUACCUUGGUGGUUAUGAUAAGGAAGAAAAAGCAGCAAAAGCUUAUGACUUAGCUGCACUGAAGUAUUGGGGUCCAACAACUCACAUAAAUUUCCCUAUAAGCACUUAUGAGAAGGAACUUGAAGAAAUGAAGCACAUGACUAGGCAAGAAUUUGUCGCCAAUUUAAGAAGGAAAAGCAGUGGAUUUUCAAGAGGUGCAUCUGUGUAUAGAGGUGUGACAAGACAUCAUCAACAUGGAAGGUGGCAGGCUAGAAUAGGAAGGGUUGCAGGAAAUAAAGAUUUAUAUCUUGGUACAUUUAGCACACAAGAGGAGGCUGCAGAAGCAUAUGAUAUUGCAGCAAUCAAAUUCAGGGGAACAAGUGCUGUGACCAACUUUGACAUAAGUAGGUAUGAUGUCAAGAGAAUUUGCUCAAGCUCAACCCUAAUCACAGGUGAUCUCGCUAAACGCUCUCCUAAAGAAUCGCCCGCUCUUCCUGCAGCCACAGCCGAGGACUUCAAUUCUUGCGGAAGUUCAUCGACACCUUCUCAGCCGCCUCCUCCUCUAGCUAUUACCGAUGGCAGUGAACAACAUUCUGAUGAAUUGUCGAACAUGGUUUGGAAUUCCAACAGCGAUCAACCACCACAGAAUGAGUGCGGAAACAACACCAAUAUCAAUGAAUCGUCACAGCACGAUUCACAAAGUCCCAAAUUACCUAAUGAGUUUGGAGUGAGUGGAGCUGAUUAUGGACAUGGUUACUUCACUCUGAAUGGACCAAAAUAUGAUGAUGGAAGCAAUGAAAAUGACCACAUGAAUAACAAUAGGCUUGGAAAUUUGGGUUUGGUUAAUCAAGUUCCUAUGUUUGCUUUGUGGAAUGAAUGAAUGAAUGAAUGAAGGGAAUGUUUUGACAUUAUAAAACAUUAGCUUAGGAAAACUAAGAUCAAAUGUCAGAAUUAUUAUUAAUGAAUGAUUAUUUAUGUUUGGUACUAUAUGGUAGUAACUUGUUUAUCUUUUGAAGGAAAGUGAUAUGUCAGGAGUAUUGAUUCCUUAUGUGUUGGUAGGGUAUACAUAUAACCGACCUGGAUUGA